GGGGCGGACCCUACACAGCGCUGCCGUUCGCUCGCUCUCUGCACUCGGCGGGGGAUCAUCGUGCCGCCCUUUUCUUUCCCAAGCCCCGAGGAGACUUAGGGGAGCCCACCCCGCUCAGCAUGAACGCGAGGAGAGUGGAGAGCAUCUCCGCGCAGCUGGAGGAGGCCAGCUCUACAGGCGGUUUCCUCUACACUCAGAACAGUACCAAACGCAGCAUUAAAGAGCGGCUUAUGAAGUUCUUGCCCUGCUCGGCUGCCAAAACGACAUCUCCUGAUAUUCAAAGCAACGUAGAAGAUGAAAUGGAAAUAGCCACUGUGCGGCAUCGGCCUGAAGCUCUUGAACUGCUGGAAGCACAGAGCAAAUUCACAAAGAAGGAACUUCAGAUUCUGUAUAGAGGAUUCAAGAAUGAGUGUCCCAGUGGGAUUGUUAAUGAAGAGACCUUCAAAGAGAUUUAUUCUCAGUUCUUUCCACAGGGAGAUUCUACAACCUAUGCACAUUUUCUCUUUAAUGCAUUUGACACUGAUCACAAUGGAUCUGUGAGUUUUGAGGACUUCAUUAUGGGUCUCUCAAUUUUACUUCGAGGGACAGUACAAGAAAAACUCAACUGGGCUUUUAAUUUGUAUGAUAUAAAUAAGGAUGGAUACAUAACUAAAGAGGAAAUGCUUGAUAUUAUGAAAGCUAUAUAUGAUAUGAUGGGAAAAUGCACUUAUCCUGUUCUCAAAGAGGACGCCCCCAGACAACAUGUGGAAACAUUUUUCCAGAAAAUGGACAAGAAUAAAGAUGGGGUAGUUACCAUAGAUGAAUUCAUUGAAAGCUGCCAAAAAGUAAGUAAGGAUAAAUGUGAGCUAUUUAGUUACUUCCAUCAGCUGGCUAAAUGGUUGUCACAUAGUACUACCAAUUAGGAUUUGGAUGUAAAGAUGUAGCUUACACUUCUAGGCACCUUUGCAAAAAACUGGGUCUGGCAAACUGUUCUACAAAACUGUCAGUUACAUAUGCAAACAUAUACAAUAUUUGUAUUCAUAGAGGUGAUAGUUUUUGAAAAGCUAAUGUUCACCUAUUCUACUAGUGUGUUUGCAUCCUCUCUUCCUGUGCAAAGCUACCAUGUAGUAGACAAUAAACUGUUUGUUAUGUGAAUAUUUGAGUCUUGUGAUGGGUAAAUAUCUGCCAGAACUCACAUUUAUUCACUGUAGGAUAAUUGAAUGUGCUAUUAUUUAAGAACUUAUCUACAGUUAGACAAGACAGCCUUAUAAAAAUAAGUAUUAUUUUUUUCAUAAUAAAAUAGCAGAAAACACCAAAGCUACUUGUUAUUUGUACACUGUACAAGGUUACAAGCUAUUAGAGGAGCAUGGUACAUACAGAAGGUGUCAUAACUACAUUAGGUCAAGUGUUGAGAUCCAAACUGGGA